CGGGGGGAAUCUGUUAGGUCCAACAGCUACCAGUGGAGUUAUUGUUGGGCAGCACCGGUCCUAUUUUUCUUUCCAUCAACUUCCCACAGCCAUCCGGACGCUUCAUGUCGCACGGCGAGGACGGCGGUUGCGUGGUCGUGACUGAAAGUAAUUCACCUGAAUGGCCGGAAAAUCUGGAAUACAUGACCGGAUUCGGGAACCACUUUUCAUCUGAAGCACUUCCUGGCGCUUUGCCAGAGGGACAGAACAACCCCCUUUUCUGCCCCUUUGGGCUUUACGCUGAGCAGAUCUCCGGCACGUCCUUCACUUCCCCACGGCUCCUAAAUCAGAGGAGCUGGUUGUAUCGGAUAAGGCCGUCCGUUACACAUGAGCCGUUUCAGGCACGUAAGCCUCGCCAUGAUAAAAUACUCAGCGAGUUUAAUCAGGAUAAUUGUUCUUUCACGCCUAAUCAGCUGAGGUGGAGGCCUGCUGAUUUUCCUGAAUCCCCCACUGAUUUCAUCGAUGGGAUCUAUACCAUGUGCGGUGCGGGAAGCUCCUUUCUUCGGCAUGGCUUUGCUAUUCACAUGUAUGCUGCGAACAAGUCCAUGGAGAGUUGCGCCUUUUGCAAUGCUGAUGGAGAUUUCUUAAUAGUUCCACAAACAGGAAGAUUGUGGAUUACAACUGAAUGUGGAAGGCUGCAGGUCUCUCCGGGUGAAAUAAUUGUUGUUCCACAAGGGUUCCGAUUCUCUGUUGGCUUGCCUGAUGGUCCAUCACGUGGUUAUGUUGCUGAAGUUUUUGGAACUCACUUUCAACUCCCUGAUCUUGGUCCUAUUGGUGCUAAUGGGCUAGCCUCUCCAAGGGAUUUUUACGUUCCCACAGCUUGGUAUGAUGAUGAUGAUGCUCAUGUUGGUUACACAAUCAUCCAGAAGUUCGGUGGCAAUCUGUUCACUGCAAAACAAGAUUUUUCUCCGUUUAAUGUGGUUGCUUGGCAUGGAAAUUAUGUGCCAUAUAAGUAUGAUCUCAACAAAUUUUGUCCGUUCAAUACAGUAUUGUUUGAUCAUGGUGAUCCCUCGAUUAACACAGUGCUGACAGCUCCAACUGAUAAGGCUGGCGUUGCUUUACUUGAUUUUGUCGUCUUUCCGUCCCGUUGGGUAGCUGCUGAACACACAUUUUGCCCUCCCUAUUAUCAUCGCAAUUGCAUGAGCGAAUUCAUGGGCUUGAUAAAUGGUAAAUAUGAGGCAAAGGCGGAGGGCUUUCUCCCUGGAGGGGCUACCAUUCAUGCAUGCAUGACGCCCCAUGGACCUGACAAUGCGACAUAUGAGAAGGCGAUAGAACGCGGCGAGGAUGCGGGGCCUUACAAAAUAAAGGAUACCCUCGCAUUCAUGUUCGAGUCUUCGCUGCUUCCACACAUCUGCACUUGGUCUCUGGAGUCUCCUUGUAGGGAUGCUGACUACUACCAGUGCUGGAUUGGUUUAAAAUCUCACUUCUCCGCAGAAAAUGGAGGGAAAUUUGUCUAGUUUGGAUACAGGGCCAUUAGGAUGUGAUGCAGGCCUAUAUGGUGUGAGUGUGUAUAUAACGCAUUACCAGUUCUUCAAAUGAUGCUGAUCUCAGAUUCUAGACGUAAAAUGUCGGUUUGAAUCGCAUGCUUAGCU